UACAUUCUGCACGAGCAGACCGAGCAAAGCGUUCAGAGGAUUCAGGUCACUUUUCUUUAGUAUUUUAACAAGUUUUGUUUUAUUGAAUAAAAGUUGCGUUUCUAUCAUGGCUAGCAGAACGUUUAUGUUGCUAGGACAAGUGAUGCCUUGUGUUAAACAAAACGCUUCCAAAAUUCGAAUCCGCCGAAUGGAACUGGACACCAAUCUAAACAUGUAUUUCAAAAAGGACGAGUUCUACUUUGUACAUGACCCGACGAAGAAGUGCAAAACCGGUGACGUUGUUCUCAUCAAGGAGCUCCCACAGAAGCUAACCCGAUUGAUUACGCACACCCUGGAGGAAAUAGUGUACCCGCUUGGAGAUGUGACGGAUCCCAUCACAGGCAAGAAAGUUACAGCAGGAAAGUAUCGCGAAGACGUUGAGGACGCAAAUCGGUUGUUCGGCAAAUCUAGUGAAGCGUUCGACUACGAUAAGGCGCCACCUAGAGGCCGCCUGGAAGGCACACGAGAUUUCACCCACGGAGAGACGUACAUCAAAUAUCACGAAGAUGGAAAGGAUCAACCGUUCGCGGUGUGAAGAUGCAAGGCCGAAGGUCAUCGGGAAUGAAAACAGUACCAUUGAACAUUUUGUUUUAACUACCAGUGUACAUUUGGGGGAAUACAGCUUAGAGUUAUCUUAAACACUAGAAA